UUUAACAUCUUAGGCAUUGCCAGCACUAUAUGGAAUGGAAUAUGCUACUACGUGUAUCCCACCGAAUCCAAAUAUAUUCUAAACUUAUUAUUCUCACUAUUCAAUAACAAUAACAAUAACAACGCUUCCUUUCCCUUUUCUUCUCUCACCAUGGCAUCACUCCCACACUUAGACGAUGAUUCCGUCACCCCCUCCCCUCGCUCCGAUCACUACCAAGACCCCCUGCCACGUGUCCGCUUCAUGUGCAGUUUCGGCGGCAAGAUCCUCCCUCGUCCCUCCGACAAUCAGCUCCGUUACGUUGGUGGAGACACCCGAAUCGUUGCUGUUAACCGCUCCAUCUCAUUCCCCGCACUUAUCCACAAGCUCUCUAAACUCUCCGGCACGAGCAGCAUAACGGCAAAGUACCAACUACCAAACGAGGACUUAGACGCGUUGAUCACAGUAACAACAGACGAAGACGUGGAGAACAUGAUGGACGAGUACGACCGCGUAGCACAGAAUGACAACCCACGAUCGGCUCGGCUUCGUCUCUUCCUCUUCCCAGAAGGCGAAGACUCUCGAUCCAACAGCAUCAGCUCGCUCUUAAACGGCUCAACUAAAAGGGAAAAUUGGUUCAUGGACGCAUUAAACGGUGGCGUUUCGGGACUCGAACGUGGUCGCUCAGAAGCCUCUUCUAUGCUUUCUGAAGUACCCGAUUACCUAUUCGGGUUGGAUAAUAACUCCGAAGAAACGAUCCAACAUAUUCGUGAACCACGGCUCAAGGAACGACACCUUAUUCAACAAGACAAUGUUUCUAAUUCGGAUCCGGGUUCUCCUGCCCCGAUUGUUUCUUCCCCGUUUUGUUCCACGUCAUCAUCUUUGUGCGUGCCUUCUAUCCCGAAUUUACCCCCGGUUAAAACUAAACCCGAAAACCCGGUUACUGACCCGGAAUUCAAGGGGAAUCAAAUUAAUACAACUGAAACGGUUGUGCAACCGCAAGUUCACUACGCGCAACCACAAGAAGCUGCUUAUUCGGGUCAUCAUCAUGCACAACCGGUUCAAGUUUAUUAUAUUUCGAACCCGGUUCAAACUGGGAGUGCUCCGGUUCACCCGGUUCAUAUGCAAACGCAUUAUCCCUUUGUUCAACAACCGUAUCAUCAUGCAGUGAUGCAAGCUCAAGUUCCAAUGGGGUAUCAUCAGAUGGUUCCGGGUUCGGGUCAAGUUUAUGGUGCGGGGAUGAGGCAUGUGGCCCCAGUACAGCCCUAUAGUCCAACGGCUACGGUGGCUCGUGACGGUAUGAAACAACAAGUGUAUCAAGCUAUGCCGAACUCUGGUACGAUUCCGGUUUACCGCGCGGGGGAUGAACCACAGAGAGCUGGAGCAGAGUUUGGAGCGGGUCGGGGUAUCAACUUACCGAAUAACUGACCCAGUUUUUGAUUAAUUGCCAUAUGUUUAUACUGUUUUUUUAUAUAAAUAUGUUUAAUUACUAUUUUUUUAAUGUAAAAAUAUGUUUAAUUGCUUUGAUUGAUUGUGGAAAUGGUUUGUUUUAUAUGUGUGUAUGCAAUAUCAAUUUUUAUUUGUUUG